AUUGACCCUCUUCGAUCACCCGUCCUCCUUUCUCCAGCUCCGUUUCUUACAAGGGCAACAACGUAGGGAGAAGAAGCAUCGACCUGGUAGCAGAUUAGAAACAAUUUCAAAAUGGCUUACAUUGCAGCUGCGAGGCGAACGCCCUUCGGUGCCUUCGGAGGCAAGUUGAGAAACCUGAAAGCCUCCGAGCUCGGCGCUCACGCCGCCAAGGCCGCCCUGGCUGAUCUGCCAAAGGGCGUACAGGUCGACUCGACCAUCUUCGGCAUGGUAUGCCAGUCAGAUAACACCGGGCCUUAUGUGGCGCGACACAUUGGCCAUCUUGCCGGGCUUCCCGUCACGACUCCCGCGCUGACAGUGAACCGGCUGUGCGGGAGCGGGUUCCAGAGCAUCGUCAACGCUAUGCAUGAGAUCAAGGCUGGCGACAGCCAUGUCGUUCUGACCGGCGGGACAGAGAGCAUGUCACUAUCGCCGUACACGCUGCACGGCGUGCGCUUCGGCGGCGGCAAGUUUGGUGUCGACCUCAAGCUCGUCGACAGCCUCAUGGCCGCGCUGACGGACAUGGUACCCAAGCCGACGCCGAUGGGCAUCACCGCCGAGAACCUGGCAGAAAAGUACGGCAUCACGCGCGAGCAGUGCGACCAGUACGCACUGCAGUCGCAGCAACGCUGGCAGAAGGCCAACGAGGAUGGCGCUUUCGCGCAAGAGAUUUCUCCUGUCGAGAUCAAGUCUAAAAAUGGCACCGAAACCUUCUUGGUGGACGAACACCCGCGCAGCAAGACGACGGUCGAGACGCUCGCCAAGCUCCCAUCAGUCUUCAAGAAGGACGGUACAGUGACGGCGGGAAACGCAUCUGGGAUUUGCGACGGCGCGGCGGCGAACGUGGUUGUUUCGGAGGAGGCGAUAAAGCGCUUCGGCAUCACGCCGCUCGCGCGUGUCGUCUCGUACGGCGUAACGGCGUGCGAGCCGAGCAUCAUGGGCAUCGGGCCUGUCGAUGCGAUCAAGCUGGCACUCCAGCGCGCUGACCUCAGCAUGGACGAUAUCGACCUAUUCGACGUCAACGAGGCCUUUGCAGCGCAAUUCCUCUCUGUGCAAAAGGAGCUGGGCCUGCCGAACGACAAGACGAAUCUCUUUGGCGGCGCCAUUGCGCUUGGCCACCCGCUCGGCGCGUCCGGCGCGCGCAUCAUCAACAACCUUACGCACAACCUGCAACGCCUCGAGAAGAGGUACGCCGUUGGUGCCGCAUGCAUCGGGGGCGGGCAGGCCGUCGCGAUCGUGCUGGAGCGUAGCUGAGCUGGCAGGUGUCGCGCACGACUCUUCCCCCGCGGGAGCGAGAUGCACGCAAGGAGAACGCCGCGGAUGGGACGUAUUGCGCGAAUGUGAGACUUUUCGCACAAGCUGGAGUUCGUUUUGUAGCGGGCCACGCGCAUAGUACUAGACGAGUGUCCUGAGGAAAGUAUUAGCCCAUGCACAAGAGGAAGUUCAGGCCAUUCAUCGAUCGUCCCAUGUCAUUCCACCCUUCAGAGAUACAGGAUAGAACUAGAGGCGUGCGUUGACAAUGUCCACGAACUCUGGCUUGAGCGAGGCACCGCC